GAUGAAUUCUUUUGUUCUAAUUUUAUUUUUAAUGCUUGUAAACAUUGAAAUUUCACAUUCUAAAGGUAUUUUUAAAGAAAUUUUAAAGAAAACUUUUUUUUUUUAUUUCAAAGCUCUAACACCUGAAAAGACUGACUUAAAACAAAAAGAAGAAAAAUUGGAAAUUGACCAAAAGGAUUAUGAGACAAUUGACAUUGAUACAGAACCAAUAACUGAAAAUUUUGGAGUAAUUGCUUAUGAAGAAUUUCCUUUUCCAACAGACAAUCUCUUCAUUUCUUUUAAAAAUUUAAAAAUUAAUUACACAAUUAUAUUGCCUACACCAAAUGGAAUAUGCCCUUUAAAGACCAAAAUGUUUGUUUUUGUUCCGAGUAGAGCUGAUGGAUUUUAUACACGGCAUAUGAUUAGAAAUUCUUGGGGAGCGAAUUUGGCAGAGAGGAGGUAUUUUUAA